AUGUCGUCUCUAACUGAUAAGCCUGUUUCUGUUGGCCAAGAAGAUGCCGUCGAGAAAGAGCUUGAGCAUGAUUUAAAUUCUGAGGGACACGAUGCCGAUUUCUCGGGGAUUGAUGAGAAGAAGACGCUAAGAAAGAUGGACGUCAGACUCAUUCCAGCUCUCGCAGUCUUGUAUUUGCUGGCUUUUCUUGAUCGUGGAAAUAUUGGCAAUGCGAAAAUUCAAGGCCUCACCAAAGACCUUCAUCUAUCAGAUAACGGAUACAAUAUUGCGUCGACUGUCUUCUUUCUAACAUACUGCGCCUUCGAGGUCCCUUCGAAUCUUCUUCUCAAACGCCUCCGCCCAUCUAUCUGGCUGCCUUCCAUUAUGAUCGCCUGGGGAACCUGCACCGUGUGUCUAGGAGUCGUCCAGAGUUACCACGCGUUAGUCGUCAUCCGCAUCUUUCUUGGCGUCACGGAAGCUGGUCUCUACCCUGGUGUGGCGUACUACCUGACAAUGUGGUACUGCACGAACGAAAUGGCUCUUCGACAGGGUCUCUUCUUCAGUGCGGCUUCGAUGGCUGGAGCUUUCUCUGGGCUUCUUGCUUAUCUCAUCGUUAAGAUGAACGGCGUUGGCGAAUACGAGGGCUGGAGAUGGAUUUUUAUCCUCGAGGGCCUCCUUACCGUCGUUGUCGCUAUUGCCGCUUUCUUUCUGCUCCAUGAUUUCCCAGAAACUGCUUCGUUCUUAACGCCGGAGGAGAGAGCUUGGGCUGCUCAUCGUCUCAAGUACCAAGGAUCUAAUCGCUCUGACAGGAUGGUUGCUGAGGAUGACAAGUUCAAGUGGAAAUAUGUUUUCCAGGCUAUGACUGAUUGGCAGCUAUAUCUCGGAAUUCUGAUGUACUGGGGUAUUGUCUGCCCCCUCUACGGAAUCAGCCUCUUCCUGCCUACCAUCAUUUCUCAAUUGGGUUACACUGCGACAAUUGCUCAACUGCUCACAAUCCCGAUUUACAUCACAGCGGCCGUCGUGACAUUGGUGGUCUGCUACUUCUCGGACAAGGCCGCAAAAGCAGGGAGGAGCCGCUCGCCAUACGUCUUCUUUCCGAUGUGUGCAAUCCUCGUCGGUUUUAUUAUGGCCAUCGCUGGAUCUGCGGCAGGCACUGUCCCUGGCGUCGUCUACGCCGGCGUUUUCAUUGCCACCUGUGGAAUCUACCCAGCCUUCCCAGGAAACAUUACUUGGAUGUCUAACAAUCUCGCCGGUUCCUACAAGCGUGCAGCCGGUAUGGCGUUACACAUUGGCGUUGGAAAUUUAGGAGGCGCAAUGGCCUCGAACUUCUACCGCAAAGUCGAUUCUCCUAAGUUCCUGCUAGGCCACGGGCUCGAACUCAUGUUCUGUGUUAUUGGGAUGAUUGCUUUAGCUGCGUUGAGAUAUAGUUAUAUGCGGAUUAAUGAGAAGAGAGAUGCUUUGCAUAAUGAUGGGAGCGAACAUACAGAUCAACAGUUAAGUGAGAUGGGAGACAGGGCCCCAACGUUUAGAUACCAGCUAUAG